UUUUUUUUUGUCUUCUUUAUGUGUCAACAUUGAAAAUUAAAAUUCAAUACAAUAUGAUUCUACAGAUUGAUAAUUCAAAUCUAAAUCAUAAUAAUAAUAAUCAUGAAACAAUGAAUAAUAAUAAUAAUAAUAAUAGUAUUGGUAAAAAAUUAUCAUCAAUAAAAAAGAAAAAAUCUCAACAAUUAACAACAUUGAAUGUUGAAAAUUUUGCUACAAAUGAUGAAAAUAAUAUAAUUACACCAACGAUUAAUAUACGAAAAGCAACAGGUGAUUCAAGUAAAUGUGUUAUAAAUGUUGAUGAACCGAAUAUUAUUAUAUCAUCAAAUGAUCAUCAUCAACCACCGGAUGGUGGUUAUGGUUGGAUUGUUGUAUUUGCAUCAUUUAUGUGUAAUCUUACUGUUGAUGGUAUUUGUUAUACAUUUGGUAUAUUUUUACCACAUUUUCUUGAUUAUUUUGGUUCAAAUGAAGCUAUUACAGCAUUGACUGGAUCAUUAUUAAGCGGUUGUUAUAUGACUGUCGGUGUAUUUGUAUCAAGUUUAGUUAAUCGUUAUGGUUGUCGUCCGAUAACAAUUAUAGGUAGUAUAAUGGCUGCAAUUGCAUUUGCAAUAUCAACACGAGCAUCGAAUGUUUAUAUUCUUUUAUUAACCUAUGGUGUUGUUACUGGUUGUAGUUUUGGUUUUAUCUAUCUACCAUCGAUAGUAUCGGUUGGACAUUAUUUUACAGAAAAACGUGCAUUCGCUACCGGUAUUGCUGUUUGUGGUUCCGGUAUGGGUGCAUUUAUAUUUUCACCAUUUUGUCAAUUUUUAUUAGCUAAUUAUGAUUGGAAACAAUCAUUAUCAAUAUUGGCUAUUUGUAUUGGUUGUUGUUCAUUUUAUGGUUUAUUAAUGAAACCAUUACCAAUGAAUAAUAAUAAUGAUGAUGAUGAUAAUCAAAAUAAUCAUUUAAAACGUAAUUCAACAUAUAAAUCAAAUCAAUCAAUUGCAAGUGUUGGUAAUCGUCGUUAUAAUCAUCAUCGUAGUACAUUGUCAAUGAAUAAUAAAAGUUCAUUAUCAGUAAAUAAAAGUUCAAUGUCGGUAAAUAAAAGUUCAUUAUCGGUUAAUAAAAGUUCAAUGUCGGUAAAUAAAAGUUCAAUGUCGGUUAGUUCAAAAUAUUCAAAUUAUUCAAGACGAUCAUUUGUACAACGACCACGUACAUGGACAAUAACCAGUCAAUUGACCGAUAUGGAAGCAAUGGAAAAUCGUAUCGAUGUUAAAGAUGUAUUAGAUUUUUCCGUAUUAAAAAUUGCGCCAAUGGCAUUACUUGCCAUAUCGAAUGUAUUCGGUAUGAUUGGAUAUUAUAUUCCAUACGUAUAUAUUGUACGUUUUGCUACCGAAGAAUUUGAUAUUAAAGGAACAAAAGCAGCAUGGAUUUUAUCGGCCAUUGGUAUAUCGAAUGUAGUUGGACGUUUAGCAUUUGGUUUGAUUAGUGAUCGUUUUAGUGGAACAAAUAUUUGUUUCGGACUGAUACGAAUAUCUGCAUUAUUGAUCAAUAAUGUUUGUCUUCUUAUUGCCGGUCUUUCAGUAAUGGCCAUACCAUUCUGUCAAUCAUAUUGGAUAUUAAUGGCUAUUUCAGUUUUAUUUGGUUUUACAAUCUCGUCAUACAUGUCAUUGACAUCAAUCAUAUUGGUUGAUAUUUUAUCAUUGGAAUUAUUGACAACAACAUUUGGCCUAAUAUGCUGUGUACGUGGUCUAUCAGCUAUUGCUGGUCCACCAUUAGCUGGCCUACUUUAUGAUUUAACAUUAUCAUAUACGGGUGUUUUUCUUUCAGCCGGUUUAUUAUUAUGUAUUUCAUCAAUGAUUAGUUUUACUGUUCAUCGUUAUGAAUAUUUUGAUUGAUUUUUGUACAUUA